ACAUACAUUAUGCAAGAGCUAAAUCUGCCUAUUGCAGGUGUUUCUUUAUGCCUUAAAUGUUAUAUAAACUAGAUAUUUAAUAACAUAAUCAAAUCUCAAUGCCAUUUGAUGGGUUCGACCUGAUGAGCCCGAUUUUCAACAGAUUUGAAUCCGAUCUGCGGUUCAUUGACUAUUGAUGAUUAACAUUGGUAACGAUGACAAUCAAGGCUACAGUGUUAUUAAAAUGAGGAUUUCUCAGAUCACAAUGAAGUAAUUUGAUUGAUUGGAGUGUGGAGUUUAAAUGGAGUUGCCUCCCUUGUAUGUCUUAGAAAUUUCCAGAAUUAUGUUUACAAAUGAAAUGAUGUUGCACAGCAUAAGAAAGAAGAUGAAACAAAAUUGAUUCAGAAUUAUCAAUUGAAGAGUUAUUUAGAAUAAAUUAAACUUUGAAAAUGACACAUUACAAGGGAGCAGCCUCAGAAGGAGGAAGAGCAAUGAAUCUGAUCAAGAAACGACAGAAAGAACAGGAUCAGUUGGAGAUGAGAAAGAAGAAAAUAGAAGAUGAAUUAAAGGUCGGAAGUAUUGAUAAAAAAUUUGCAGCACAUUAUGAUGCUGUUGAACAGACAUUAAAAUCCAGUACUGUAGGUUUAGUAACUUUAGAUGAAAUGAAAGCUAAACAAGAAAGUGUAAUUAAAGAACGAGAGAAACAAAUGGCCAAAAAAAAUGCUCAAGCUAAAUUAGUUGAAAAAGAGAAAGAAGAUAGAAAGAGAAAAGAACAAAAAAAGAUCACAUUAUUAUCAUUUGAUGCUGAAGGUGACGACGAGGAAGAAGAAGAUGAAGAAAUGGAAAUUGAAAUACCCAACAAGAAAAAACGGCUUGGUAUGAAUCCAGAAGUAGAUACAAGUUUUUUACCGGACAGAGACCGAGAUGAAGAGGAAAAUAAACUUAGGGAACAACUACGUCAAGAAUGGGAAGAAAAACAGGAACAAAUAAAGAAAGAAGAAAUCGAUAUCACCUACAGUUACUGGGAUGGAUCGGGACACAGACGCACGGUUAGGAUGAAGAAAGGCAACAACAUGCAACAAUUCUUACAAAAAUGUCUGGAAAGUUUGCGUAAAGAAUUUAAUGACUUGAAAUCCGUCACUGUAGAUCAACUAAUGUACGUGAAAGAAGAUCUCAUCAUACCCCAUCAUUAUUCAUUUUACGACUUUAUCGUAACCAAGGCUCGUGGGAAAAGCGGUUCGUUGUUUAAUUUCGACGUCCAUGAUGACGUGAGAAUGGUGAAUGAUGCUAAAGUCGAAAAGGAUGAAUCGCACGCGGGUAAAGUGUGUUUACGAAGUUGGUAUGAAAGAAAUAAACAUAUUUUCCCUGCUAGUCGAUGGGAACCUUACGAUCCAGAGAAGAGUUGGGAAGGCUACACUAUUUCUGAUAAAAACGCUGCUAAGAUUACUGUCAAGUGAAAAUUGAGACCGUUUCAAGAAAAGAAAGUCAUAAAUUGGGUCGCAUAUCUAAAAUGAUGUGCUUUAUGUGGGAUGUUUUGUAGCAAACUGAAUUGUGCUGCAUAUCUUAAAAGUUGAAAUUAAUAUGGGUUAAGAUAUGACAAACUGAAUUGUGGUGUAUAUCUGAAAGUUGAUGUUAAUGAUAUAAAAUGUGACAAACCAGAAUAUGAUAAAUAUAUUGAUUAUGAUCCACGCUUUAUGCUAGAGAGAUGCUUCAGACAUUUCUAUUGAUAAAAACUGUCCCCUGUAAAACAUGAGGGGACUGUAGAUUUCGUCUUCAUCAGUCUGUUCGACUGUCUCUUUUAUUUUUCCUGAUUUUUUUCAAAUUAAAAUUUAAGAUCGUUAAAUGAAAUUUAGUACACUACCAUUCAUUUCUGAGGUACAGAUCAAGUUUGUUUUUGGCGUUAUCCGCUUCUUACAAAUGUUAUAUUGUAAAACUUGUUUCGUCCUGUAGGUGACGUGCAUUUUGAUUCAGCAAUCUGCCCUGGUUAUUUUUAUGGACACUUCUUACACAAGGAGACAAAUAAACAUUGUAGUUAAAAUCUUUCAAUAUCAACUUACACCCUGAACAUGUAAUGGAUGCAGGAUUUGUUUAUUAGUAUAAAUGUUGAUGGAUAUUGAAUAAAUUGUUAUUUGUAAUGAAGCUGCGUUCACAAUUUUUUUCUAUACUGAUUUUGGCUUAAACAUGCAUUAUGCAAGAGCUAAAUCUGCCAGUAAAUGUUAUCUAAAUAUGCAAUUAGACAUCAAUUAACUUAUCCGGACCUUAACCAACUCUCGAUGUCAUCGCUAGCUUGCGAUAUUUACUGGAUUAUAAUCCGAUCUGCUGCUCAACACUCAUUCAUGAUUAAAUCAAAAAAUGGAUAAUCGAGACUAUGUUUUUUAUUGUACCGACUUUAGUAAUAAUGAUCGAGGCUAGGCCCAAAAUUCAAUCGCUAAAUUCACGGUUCAGAGUGGAUCAAUUUGACUGAAAUUUUCAGCAAAUUCCCUUUACAUUAUCUAGUUUUUAACUAUUAUAGUGAGAACUGACAGCUCUUUAUCUAAUCUUCCAUAAUGUAUCUUUAAUUACAUGAAAUAUGAAAGAUAUUAUCUUCAAUACAUGCAUGUAUGUGACUUGGUUGAAUAAUAAAAGCCCGAAAUAUUCCCAGAUUGAUUGCAAUUUGGUACAAUUA